AUGAACUCUCUCAACAAACCCCCUCCGGCCAUGGUCGGGCGAUGGCACGUGACCCAGCCCGCGGAGUCUCCGGCGAAGCGGCGCAGCGACGCUCGGCCAUCCGCGCCAACUGCCACGAUGAAACGAAAGGACUCAUCCCAGCUACCCGAUCCAGCCCCGAAGCGUCGUCCCAGGCAGGAUCCGGUCUCGUGUGAUUCAUGCAGACGGAAGAAACUCAAAUGCAACCGACAGCAGCCGUGUGAGAGUUGUGUCACUCGAAAACUCACAUGCAGCUACAGCCCUGGGGUUUCUGUCGCUCCGUUGUCCAAGACAGCAGCACACGAUGACAAUCGAACGGACUGUGACUCCACCCAGCCAUAUGCUACGGAUGGGCCUCGAAUAUCCGCUGGGGUGCCUCCGCCGUCCGCUCCGGUCUGCCAGCAACAUCCGCAGCAACGGUACAGUAGGGAAUCAGCGGCCACCGCGGAUCUACUGGAGCACAUACACAUGGGAGCGCGAGUGCCGACGGCUGCACCAAGGUGGUUGAGAGAUGACUUUGAUGAAACCAUGAAGAGAGGUCUGUUGUCUAUCGGCAGCCCGAAUUCUCCAUCAGGGGCUCAAUCCUCAUUACCUAUGCGCGAGUGGAAUGCUUCCCGUGAGAACCCGGCAACGAUCAAUCUGAUCCAUUUUGUGCCCACGAGACAGGAGGCGACCGCUCUUUUUCGGUACUAUUCAAAGUAUGUCGAUUACUUGUAUCACAUCAUCAUUUUGAAGCGGGCGGAAGCACAGAUCAACGGUGUUUACGAGUGCAUCGAACGAGGGUCGCCGGUAAAACUCGAUCAUCUAGCCUUGUUGUUCAGCAUCGCUGCGAGUGCCUUGUAUUUGCAGCUAUCGUCUGAAUCAUCGCCCUAUUCGGAAAUAUGCUGUCAAGAGUUCACAUUUCUGACGGGUGCUGCUUUGAUUCAGAAUAAUCACUCUGCAUCUCCCACCCUGGAAGGCCUCCAGGCGGUCAUGCUUGUCGUACAUUAUGUUUGCAACCUGAGCUCCCAUGAGUCAGUUAGCGCGUUGUUCAUACACGGGGCUGUCGUGAGCCAAGCGAAAAGUCUCAUGCUGCACUGUAUCGACUCCCCUCGAACCCGCGAGGCGAGGGAUCAAAGCAAGGUGGACCCUGUUGAGGUUGAGAUCAAAAGGCGGCUUUGGUGGGAUAUCACGAGUAGUGAAUGGUUUCUAGGUUUCCUGAGCGGCCCUCAAGAAUGGACCUACCAAAUUUAUCCCACACACAUGAGUGUGAACCAACCACGCAAUGUCGACGACGAAGCUUUGGAAAAGAACCCGAGCCUUGCGUCAUCACCCAAAUCCGUGCCUACUGACAUGUCUUUCACAUUGGAGCGCCUGAAGCUCUCUUUCGUGAUCCGCGACAUUAUAGACAAAAUAGCCUACGAGCAGCUCAACGGGCUCGAAAUCGACUAUUCAAAGAUCCUGGAACUAGAUCGAAAGAUCCACCAAGCUCUUUCGGAAGUCCCAGAGUUCUUCCGACUUGAUCCCGGCUCACGGCGACGGUUUGCGAAUCUCUACAAAGAGCGGCCAACCCUAGCGUGGCAGAGGUGUGUUCUGCAGCAGGCCUACUACUCACGCAUCUGUCGCUUGCACCGCCAGUUCUUCAUCCGCGGGGCGCGGGAACCAACCUAUUCUUAUUCUCACGUCAUCUGUCUCCAAUCCGCUCGCAAAGUGCUCGAGAUCAAGAGGAUCAUGGACGAAGAGGAGCCCAAGUUCACGCCACCAAGCUCUGUUGUGUGGUCCGUGAUGCACCACAUAUUCAUGGCCGCUGUGAUCCUGCUGCUCGACGUCUGUUUCAAUUGGGACGACAUCCUCGGGGAUAAGCGCAAGGAGGAAGUCCUAGAUGCCUGCCGCAUUCUGAGUAAGGCGCAGCAAUCGUCUUGUCUCGUGAAGGAAGGCAUCCAGGCCAUGAUGAACAUCCUCCAGAAGCACUGGAAGAAUGACAAACUGGCAGUCCCUGGUGGAACGCAGCUGAACCAGCCUUCUUCACUAGUUGUUGGGCCGGCUGAAGAUCCUACACAGCCGGUGAUUGUUCCUUUUGAGCCAAAUGACAAGUCAGUGCCUGUUGCGCAGACGUGGGACAGCGCUCCAAAUGUACCUACAAAUCAAUUUGCCGAUGGCGAUGAGCGACAGCUCGAAGAUGUAUGGUCGGAGUUCCUCGAGAACGGUUACAACUAUACAUUCGAGGAUGCGGACUGGACUGGACUUUUGACCGAGUUGACUAGCGCGACGAUACCUUGCGGGUGA